AUGGAGGAAAUGAGAGAUUAUUCCAGAUUUUUGGGCACAGAAAGGAGCAAGAGGGCAGGUCACAGCCUGGAGAUGAGGCCGGAGGCACGUGUUGCCUGCCAGGUGAUGCUGGCAGCACUCUUCACAGCUCUGCUCGUCACAGCCAUCACUUUUGCAGUGCAGGCUUUUCAGCCUCAUCCCCAGCCCUACCUUCAGUGCCCCUUCGACUGGAUCAGAUAUAGAGGUAAAUGCUACCAUUUUUCGGAGACUGAGGGGAACUGGACAUCCAGCCAGAAAAACUGCUCAGCACUUGGUGCUUCCUUGGCUGUGCUGGACAGCAUGGAGGACUUGAGCUUUGUGAUGAGAUAUAAAGGCAUCUCAGAGCAUUGGGUUGGCCUUUUGCGGAAAGAUGAGAAGCAGCCAUGGCAAUGGGUGAACCACUCACUUUUAUUGCACUUGUUUCAAAUCCGUGGUGGUGGGCUCUGCGCUUACCUGGAUGACAAGGGGCUCAGCUCCUCCCGCUGCGGCACUGAGAGGAGCUGGAUUUGUAAUAAACCUGAGCUGCAGAGCUCAGGCAAGGGCAAUGGGAUGAGAUGGGCUAAAAACCUCUGUGUCAGCUCCUUGGGUGCUGCAGGGAGGUCUUCUCACACCCAGAUACCUGCUGCACCAUGA